AGCUCUGUCAAUGACAAUCAGUAUCACGAGCCUCUGAGGGAUGUUAACUAACUCAUUAAGCACAACUGGAGCAAUGUUAGUAGCCCAAGGAGCUUCUUAAACUGUUGUUCGGAACUCAGAGAUCCACUUUCUAAUCCUGGCUAACUUUGUUGUGUUUUUGGGGAAAGACACUGUACCCUGACAGUGGCCCUCUCAAUUCAGUAGUGCGUGUGCCAAUAGCAAACUCUCAGAAAAACGCUGGGGGGUAACCUGAGUAGCAGAAUCCCUUUCGUUUCAUGCUGCAGAAACCAUAACAAGCUCUAACAACAAGUGGCUAAGGGUACAAUAUAAACUUUUGUAUAUACAUGAGUUGCUAAGCAACCUCACUGACCAAAACUAUGGGCUCACUCAGGAUUGUACCCUUAUACAGUCACCAUCACGUACAAAAAUUAAAUUUCUUCUUAAAAACAUAAACAAUGUUGUCGGUACCCGCACGCUCCCUCUAGGAAGACAUUGACACGCUCUAAUUCCUUAGAGAAACUGACUGUCUUGGUAAUGAACGUACACGGUUAAGUCAAUGAUAUAUCAGACUGACUUAGAUUCUACGAAAAGCAACCUUGCGCAGGGAAAGUGUUAGAAUCUAAAGUACAUUAUAUUCUGGGACAUCAAUGGAAAAAUAAAAAGAGUUCUGGCGUAGGAUUGAUUGCUCAUGCAUAAAACUAAAUCCACGUAAUGAAUUAACGAAAGGGAAUGGACAAAACCAAGCCUGGUGGAGGUUUCGACGAUACUACUUGAAGAGACCACUCAAUCAGAGUACUUCGUAAAACUCGAGUGCAAUUUUCUUGAAGAUUAUCAAUUAAAUUAAGUUAAUUAAAGAAGAAAACGCAAAUCAAUAAUUUAUACGAUUACCUCAGUCAGCGAGAAGUCGAUUGAACAGAGCGUGAAGCGGAAAGAGUGUGAUUAAAAAAUUAUUGCAUUUAGUCGAGGAGCAAAACUUGCGUUGUUCAAAUCACUGCCACAAACAAUGGCAACAGUGAAAGAUGAGAAAUAUUCACCUCAGUCCUUAGAGUGCCCUAUCUGCGAGAACAUCUUCAGCGAUCCGAAAAUCUUGCAAUGUCUUCACUCGUUCUGCCGGAAAUGUCUGGAGAGUUACGACGUAAUCGGGGCAGGGACCAACUCGAUCGUCUGUCCCCUCUGCCGAAAGCUGACUCCAAUUCCGUCCGAGGGAGUUCACAUUCUCCCGAGCAACUUCCUUCUGACAAACGCGUUGGAUCAUUUGUCAGUCAAAUCAAGCAAAGAGUAUACUCUUCACUGCACAAACUGCGAAGACGAAGCAGCGGCGACGUCCCGAUGUCUGGAGUGCGCCGAGUUUCUGUGCUCGAACUGCGUUUUGGCUCACCGACGAAUACGGGUGACGAAGGACCACCGCAUCCUGUCGCUUGACACACUGCAAGCCGACAAACAGACUCUUCAUCGUCCCUCUUUCUGCGAACAACAUACGGACGAGAUGUUCAUGUUUUACUGUGUGCCCUGCGACUGUCUAAUCUGCCGGGAAUGCACAAUUCUUGAUCAUCGAGGACAUAAGUAUACAGGUCUAAAAGAAGCACUCGAAGAAAGAAAGAUUCUUAUAGACGAGCGUCUUAAAUUCUGCAUCGAAGAGAAGAUUCCUCCUGUACACGAUGCAGUGCACGAGGUGAAGACCAUGGCAGCUAAGCUACGUGCACGUGCAGAAGCUGUCAAAAGUGAGAUAUGUGGCACGGCGGAAGAAUGCGUGAAGCGUAUUGUCAGCCGCAAACAAGAAAUACUGGCGAGGGUUGACGCUUUGGAGCAAGAGAAAGAGGCCGUGCUACGCCAUCAACAAAACCAACUGGAGACGGAACUCUUCAAAUACACCAGCUCCAGAGACUUCGUGGAAAAUGUAGUUCUGCAUGGAAAUGAGGUUGAAAUCAUCCAACUUCGACAACUGAUGCUGGAUCGUCUUGAUGAACUCAACGACAUCAAACUGGAUUACAAAGAACCAGAAGAAAAUGAUGUUAUCGAUUACAUCCUAGAUUCGGAAACUGUGGAGAACGUGGCAACCACGAUGGGUCGGGUGGCAUCAAGUGUCACGUUCACUGCUCUGUGUAGCGCUCGAGGCCUCGGGAUCAAAUCGGGGAAAGUCGGCGUUGAGUCGUCCUUUAUCGUCGAGACAAAAGACCGCUUCGGGAAUACAUCGGUUGAAGGCAGCCAUACAUGUCCAUUGCAAGUAAAAGUCCAAGCCCCUGAGGGGUUCUUUCUUGGAAACAAAGUCACGAACAAUGGAGAUGGUAGCAUGAGAGUGCGUUACACUCCAGUCACGCAUGGAAAACACAAUCUGCAUUUGGUCAUCAGAGGGCGUGAGAUGGAAGGAAGUCCUUUCUGCGUCAACGUGGUGGAAGGGAUCGAUUACGCAAAAGUUGGACCAACCUUCAUGAAGAUUGGCUCUCAAGGGACAAAGAGCGGGGAAUUCAAACAACCCUGCUCCGUAAUUACCGACCAAGAAGGAAAUAUCUACGUUACAGACUUUGUCAACUGUCGAGUUCAAAAGUUUGACCCACUCGGAAAGCAUCUUCAAGAUUUUGGAUCUCGUGGAAGUAAGGAUGGCCAGUUUCAGAAUCCAUGCGGUAUUGCGGUAGAUGGAAAUGGAAUAAUUGCCGUUUCAGACUGGGAUAACCAUCGUGUACAGCUGUUUAGUCCCGAGGGAAAAUUUAUCGGAAAGUUUGGAACUAAAGGACCUGAAGAUGGGAAACUAAAUCAUCCAGCUGGUUUGGCGUUGACAAAAGAUGGCAACUUACUUGUGGCAGAUAAAGAUAACCACAGAAUACAACUCUUUAACAUGGACGGCACCCACAUUAUGACCUUUGGUUCCCUUGGCAAUGAAGACGGGGAGCUAAAUAGCCCAAACCAUGUGGCUGUGACUGAAGACAACAGUUGCUUGGUAACCGACACAGAAAACAACCGCAUUGUGAAGUUUGAUUCCAGCGGCAAGUUCCAUUCAAGUUUUGGUGGGAAAGGUAGCAGCGAUGGGCAGCUUGACCGUCCCGCGGGAAUCACGAUAGAUUCCGAGGGAUUUAUCAUUGUUGGUGACUUCCAAAACCACAGAGUGCAGAUUUUCCAACCAGAUGGUAAAUUUUAUGCCACAUUUGGUAGUGAAGGAGACGGAGAGGGUGAAUUCAAAUUCCCAAGUGGUGUUGCUUUAACAAAAGAUGGACGAGUUAUAGUGGCAGACAGGCAUAAUCACAGGGUUCAGGUGUUUUAAUCAAGUUUAAUAUGGUCAAAAUAAUAUUACAAAAUGAUUGACAGAAAAAUACCUGUUACCUGGAGGCACUUUGUACAUUCUAGCCGGGAAGUGUGUAAUUGAUAAGCAAGACUGUGUUCAUAAAAUUAAAAUUGCAUAAAUUUUAUGAGCUUAAGAUUGAAUCAUUUUAAAUAACAAAGUACCAGCUUAAGUUACAGUAAGAAUCAAAAAGUAUAUGAAUAAAUGUUUAUUCAUUUCUCAAAAUGGACUGCAAAUAGAAGACAAAUGGUUGUAUAAACCAUGUAUUAAUCAAAAGUAGUAUAUCAUUUGUAUAGCAUUUGCUCUGACGAAGGGCUAAUGCUCAAAACGUCAACUUUGAUAUCCUUUCUGGUGGCCAAU